UUUUCCUAUUUGACUCUUGCACUAUAUUAUAAGACUCUAUCUAUUUGCAAUUUUAAGUCACCUUUUAAAUAAUAUAUUAAUAGUUUUUUUAUCUAUUAAAAGUGGAAAUUUUGUUUCACAAUUUUCAUACUUAUUAUUAUGGCUAGAAUCCUAAAACCAUCUAAGUGGUUCUCUAACAAAGGUCUUAAACUUAGGUCAAGAUCUUCCAAUUCAUCAUCAUCAUUAUGCUCGCCAAAAAAUAACAAGAAUGAAGAUGAUAUGGGAUUAAGAGAGGUUUUCAAUUACUUUGAUAGUGAUGGAGAUGGAAAAAUUUCAGCCUAUGAAUUAAGGUCAUAUUUUGGGUCAAUUGGAGAGCACAUGUCUCAUGAAGAAGCUGAAAGGGUGAUUCAAUAUCUCGAUGCCGACGGCGACAGCUUGUUAGACUUCAAUGAUUUCAUUAAGUUGAUGAAAGGUGAAGAAGGAAGUUGUGAUGAUAAAGAUCUUAGAAAGGCUUUUGAAAUGUUUGUGUGGGAAGAGAAAGAAGAUUGUAUUACACCAAAAGGGUUGCAAAGAAUGUUGCAACGUCUUGGAGAUGAAAGGUCUUAUGAAGAGUGUGUGGUUAUGAUUGAUGCAUUUGAUGUUGAUCAUAAUGGAGUUCUUGAUUUCAAUGAGUUUCAUCAAAUGAUGGCUUAGUUAAAUGAGAUAUGGGAUUGCAAAAUUUCAAGAUCAAUGCAUAUAAUAUAAACGUAAAUAUACUGUGAUGAGUGAGUGAGUUUGUUAUAGUGUCAAAUAAAAAAAAGAAAGGGAUUAUUGAAAUUUGUGUUUUUUGUAUACUUUUAAAGUAAAAAUAUUAUGAUCACAUUGAGAUUUGAAAUCCAGUGUAAGUAUUUUAUGGCCCUGAUCAAGCCAAUGCAAGGUUUAAAUUCAUGCCAACAAUUAGGAAAAUCUUAUUGUCUUUGAUAGAAAAUAGGUAAAUAGGUUGGAGCAUAGUUAGAAGCUGGCAACAUGGCACUACUGUUUUGAAGUUGGAAUGGAUCUUUUCGAUAAUGCCAUAUCUAUUGUACUUGUACCUUGAAAGCCAAAGGAAACCGAUAAGAAAUAGUUGGAAAAGUGAAGAAAGUAACAUGCCAUGUCUACUUUAGUUCACUAGAGGAUGUUGUAACACUUACUUAAGCAGGUCCUUUAAAUAUAUGAUCCAGAUUUUAUUGUUUAAUUUUUUAAUCAUUGAAGUGUAGUUAUAUUCGAAAUUCGAAUAUACUAAUAAUCUUCGAACGAGGUCGUAAAAUGUGUUGAAGAAAAACAUUGUAUAUGUUUCUUUUUUUAUGUGACUUGGGAAAGUAUUUUGCUCUAA